CCCAUAUACUCUUGAGGAAGAGAUCGAUAAUUAUUGGUUACUUAAGUUUUGACGGAAUUGUCUGCACUACUGAUGUGUUUUGGUCUUACACCGAUUAUUCACCUUGCUUUCAGUUUUUGUUGUCCCAUAAUUUCACAACUGAACGAUUGAAGAAUACUUCAGUCAACAAAAUGAUGCAAGGUUUGGUGCCGAAGUGUCUUCGAUUUCUCAGAGGUCUAAAUCGAGAUCUACAACUGAAGACAACCCGUAGCAAUAUUUGUACAAAAAUAGAUGGUGUACUAGAUAUGAAUUAUAUUCCAAGGAAAGCUGUGCUCUAUGUCCCUGGAAGUGAUGUUAAAAAGCUCAAUAAAAUCCCUUCUCUUAAAGCUGACUGUAUUGUAUUGGACUGUGAAGAUGGAGUGGCUUAUAAUAAGAAGGAAGAAGCCCGGAUGAAUAUUUCCAAGAUGUUGGGCGAAAUUGAGUUUGGCAAAGCUGAUUGCACUGUGCGUAUAAAUUCCAUCAGUACUGGAAUGACUGAAAAAGAUCUUCGACAGAUCCUUACUGCCUCCCGUCUCCCUCAGACACUACUCCUACCGAAAGUUGACUAUGUCCAAGAAAUUGAAGAAUUCACAUCAUUAUUUGAAGAAAUAUGUAGUCACUACAAGAUAACAUCUUGGAAACCAGCCUUAAUCACAUCUGUAGAGACUAGCAUUGGUCUGUUGAAUCUUCAGGCUAUCCUACAACGAUUCACAGAAUUGUCUCAGACGGGAUGCCAUUAUUAUUUGGAUGGAGUAUUGUUUGGAUCGGAUGAUUUCUGUGCUGAUAUAGGUGCUACCAGAAGUCGAGAAGGGAGUGAGUUGUUGUAUGCUCGACAGAAGAUAGUUGCUACUGCAAAAGCCUUCCGCCUUCAAGUUAUUGAUAUGGUUGAUAUUAAUUUCAAAGACUUAGAUUCCCUGAAGAUACUCUGUGAGGAAGGUGCCAGGAUGGGAUUCACUGGGAAGCAAGUCAUUCAUCCGUCACAGAUACCAAUAGUCCAAGCAGCUUUUAGUCCCUCACCGGAGAAAGUAGCAUGGGCUAGAGAGCUCAUUAAACAGUUUGAAGAACAUCAAAUCCAGGGCAAGGGGGCCUUCACAUAUCACGGCCAGAUGAUCGAUAUGCCUUUGUUAUUACAAGCCAAGAAUAUUGUCAAAAUGGCAAACUAACACUAUGACAUUCACAAAAAC